UUGGUCCUUCAGGUCUGACGGGUUAAACAUAAACAUCAGGACGUCAGAGUAUCAAUGAGACACUAGACAUCAAAAACAGGAGUGCGGAGGAUUAUUCCCAGCUUUCAGACAUUUCUGGACAACUUUUCCUGGCUGAUAUUAAAUCAGUUUAACCCCCCGGGCCGCGUUUCCGAGAUGUUUCGGGAAACAUGACCGGAAAUGUGUUCUAGGACCCAGCUGCGGUUAUAGGACACAUCCGCGGCUUUGUCAAAAAUACAUCCAUUUCCUGACAGCCAGGUAGAAACAGAGUGAGGUUUAUAAACCCCUUUAAAACACUCUCGAGAAGGGGUACUGUAGCGCGUCAUCAUUUCCGGGCUCGUGCCAGCCGGUAGAGUGGAGCGGGACGCGGGCUCGCGCGCUGCGGGAAGCGGAGCUGGCUCUGGGUCGAUGUCGGUGUCCAUACCCGGAAUAACGCUACUCAACGACGACAUGAUUGCGGGAAAAGGCGGCGUGAAGGCGUCGCUGUGGCAGAACGAGAGAGUGCGCUUCUUCGUGUGCUUUCUCGGAGUGUUCGUGUGUUACUUUUACUACGGAAUUCUCCAGGAGACCAUCACACGAGGAGACUACGGCCAGGGGGAGAAAAAGGAGAAGUUUCGCUACGCCACUACACUUGUAUUCAUCCAGUGUAUCAUCAAUGCUCUUUUCGCCCGUCUCUUGAUCCAGUUUUUCGAGGGCUCCAGGCCGGACCACACGCAGAGCUGGCUCUAUGCAGUGUGUGCUCUGUCCUAUCUGGGAGCCAUGGUGUCCAGUAACUCUGCUCUGCAGUACGUCAACUACCCCACUCAGGUUUUGGGGAAAUCAUGUAAACCUAUCCCAGUCAUGAUCCUUGGCGUGACCAUUCUGAGGAAGAAGUAUCCUAUGGCCAAGUAUCUGUGUGUGCUUCUGAUCGUCACUGGUGUGGCGCUUUUCCUCUACAAACCCAACAAAGGCUCCACCUCCGCAGAGGAACAUCUGUUUGGCUUUGGAGAGAUGCUGCUGCUCCUCUCUCUGACUCUGGACGGCCUGACUGGUGUAGCUCAGGAUCACAUGAGGGUGCGGUACCAGACAGGAGCCAAUCACAUGAUGCUGAACGUGAAUCUGUGGUCAAUACUCAUGUUGGGUUUGGCCGUGUUGUGGACAGGUGAGGUGUGGGAGUUUAUGAGCUUUGCUGAUCGUUACCCCAGUAUCAUCUACAAUAUUUUACUCUUUGGUUUCACCAGCGCUCUGGGACAGACCUUCAUCUUUAUGACAGUUGUGUACUUCGGACCCCUCACCUGCUCCAUCGUCACGACAACAAGGAAGUUCUUCACCAUCCUGGGCUCUGUGCUGUUGUUUGGGAACAUCAUCACACCCUUGCAGUGGCUUGGGACCAUCCUUGUUUUCCUGGGUCUCGGCUUGGACGCCAAGUAUGGAAAGACGCCGAAGAAGACAACACACUAAAGCACAAAGAGAAUGCGUGUGUAAGCAUGUGCUGUACUCACGGACAGAAAACUUGAAGAAAAACCCGUUUCUGUUGGUGCAAUACUCUAUCAGUAGCUCUAAAUGUGCUUAUUUUUAUGCUUUCCCACCCAUGUAUCACUGAAACGGUGGUCAUACUUUAACUUAACAAGCAAAGACUGGAUAGAAAUUUUUAGUUUUUUUUUUUUUUUUUAGUCAAACUAUCACACACUUCUACUUUGAACUAUACUUCCCAUUGGGUUUAGAGCCAGAGGACAAUGAACAUGAUUAGCACAGUCGUGGUAUGCAAGUGCACCAGCUCAGAUUAUACACAGACAAGUCCAUGUGUUCGUGUCGGUUUUACUUUGAACCCUGCCAGAUGUCUCUUUUGUGGUUCCUUUGUUUUUAAAUGUAUAAUGCACAUUCAUGAGUGUGUAUAUCAUUAUACGUGUGUUCUGUCACUCCAUCUGAGACUUGCAUCUUUAAUGCUCACCAUGUCCACUGCAUCUAAGCCACAUCAGAUUGAAUCUGAUGGACGUCAAUUCUUUCAUGUAAAACAUGACAUGUUUUUCUUAUAUUUGUGUUCCUGUCGUGUCUUGUUUACUGUAUGAGUGCAAUGAUCAUUGUCUCUUCUGUACAUUUCAAAGAGAUAAUGGAAUAAUUAGAAUUUGAAAAUAAUUAGUUUUGGUAUCUUUUUUGACCAGUUGGAACUGUAUUGGAUAUUAAACUAAAAGAGAAACCGAGCCAGA